AUUUAUUUUUUUUUAAAUAUAUACAGUUUUUUUAUUUGGUACUAAAUACAGAUGGGUGUACGUCAGUGGUUGCUGCAACUGCUUGGUGUGCGUCAUGUGGCAGCUGCCAAUGCAACUCCAAGCCAAACAAUGGGCGCACGCCUAAGAAGUGCGCUGAUGCGAGCCAUGCCCUGGUUGCAGUUGCAACCAAUGAAGCAUGAAUUGCUGCCAGCGCCACGUAUGGGCAUGCGGCGUGCUCUGUUCAUACCACAAGCAGCUGCAAUGCGUAUGCGGAAGCAGCAACAAUGUAAGCAGCCGUUGCAUGCUGUUGACAAACAGGUUGAAGUUGGAGAUGAUGACGGCAGUGCCAGGGGCCUGCUUGAUGUGCUGGCCAAGGCGCGUCCAUGCAGCAGCAGCAGCGUUGUCAUGAGCAGAAGCCGCAAGCUAAGCUGUCGCCACAAUGUUGGGCAGGCGCCACAUCCAAUGCGUAUACGCGAUGCGCUCGCCUCGCGUCGCAUCAACAAUCUGCAGCUAACGCAAAAGAAAUAACCCCCCACUGUACCUCGCUCAACUUUCAAACUAAAAACCAAGCUUGCUUUUCGGUAUCUUUUUACUAUUUUUUUUAAUUCCCCUGUGUGGCAGAUUUGCACCAUCAUUAAAAUCAACAGCAAUGCACAUAAUUUUUAGCUGAGCAUCGUCUCAUGUGACCCCGUUAAGUCGGCAGUGUCCAGUCUAGAGCAAGUGUCCUUUACACCAAAAAGGAAACCCACCCUAGCAACCACCACCAAAGCGACUAACCCAAGCUCUAUUAAGAGGGGUGUCGUUAAAAAGAAAAAGGUCAACGAUGCGUAUUUUAUGAAUACAUAGAUUGAAAUCCACCCAAAGGCAAUGAUGAGUUCUCACUCUCUCUCUUCCUCUCUCUCUUUCUGGCUUCACCCUUGCUGGCUGCAAAUGGACUUGACAGCGCGUGUGAAACGAUUCACUUGAAUUGCCUAUUAGAGCUCACUUUGUCUAACGCUUACAUAAUCAACUAUUAUUUAAAAUAUGUACUCAGCUUGUUGCUUGUUGAGUUCAGCGA